GUCCCGGCGUCCGUCUGGCAGUCUGGAAGCCCUGGACUGCGCCCCCCUCCCACCAGCCCCUACAUCCUCUGCUUUCUCUCUCUCUGUCUCUGACUCUGAGGCGUCCUCUCUGCUUUCAGAGUCCCUUCUCUCCCAGUAACUACCUGCAUUUCUGACUCUCCCUGCCUCCCUGUCUGUCUGCCUGUGACACGUGCCGUCCCUGCCCCCAACCCAAGAACCCCUGGGCUGGUAGGCAGCCGGACCCCAGCAGGAAUGGUCAUGAAGACGCUGGCUGUAGUGCUGGUUCUGAUUGCUGCAGCUUGGGCUGAGGAGCAGAAUAAGGUGCUUCACGGCGGACCCUGCGAGCAGACCUCCCACCCCUACCAAGCUGUGCUCUUCACCUCCGGCCACCUGCUGUGUGGGGGGGUCCUCAUUCACCCCCUGUGGGUCCUCACGGCCGCCCACUGCAAAAAACCGAAUCUUCAGGUCUACCUUGGGAAGCACAACCUUCAGCAAAGGGAGAGUUUCCAGGAGCAGAGCUCUGUCGUCCGGGCUGUGGCCCACCCUGGCUACAAUGCCGCCACCCAUGACCAGGACAUCAUGCUGUUGCGCCUGGCACGCCCGGCCAAAUUCUCUGAACACAUCCAGCCCCUGCCCCUGGAGAGAGACUGCUCGGCCAACCACACCAGCUGCCACAUCCUAGGCUGGGGGAAGACAGCAGAUGGCAAUUUCCCUGACACCAUCCAGUGUGCCUACAUCCACUUGGUGUCCCACGAGGAGUGUGAACGUGCCUAUCCUGGCCAGAUCACCCAAAACAUGGUGUGCGCUGGGGAUGAGAAGCUCGGGAAGGAUUCCUGCCAGGGUGAUUCUGGGGGUCCCUUGGUCUGUGGAGACCGUCUCCGGGGCCUCGUAUCAUGGGGCAACGUCCCCUGUGGAUCCAAGGAGAAGCCAGGAGUCUACACCAAUGUCUGCAGAUAUGGCCACUGGAUCCGAAAAACCAUUCAGGCCAACUGACCCUGAUGUGUGACACCCAACUCUUGACCUACGACCCUCACUUGCUGGCUCCAGAAUAUCUCUGACCAAGACUUUGCCUUCCCGCCACCUGCCCAGACCGGACCCUUAACGCUUAACAAAGGCAGCGACGCGACACCACGAAUCCUCCCUGAUUUUAGCCCCAGCCUUGCAUCACCGGGGGUGAGUGGGGACAGGGGCUAAGGUUUUACCCUCUCCACUAAGAGAACACAGGAAAUCCCUUCCAAGCAUCCCUCCCUCCCUGAUUAUCCCAUGAGCUCGAUUUCUUCCUGCAGAGGAAUGAUCACAAGUCUGGAGAAACCUGAGUUGGAAUCCCAGCUCUGCCACUGGCUCACCGUGUACCCUUGGGAAGUGCCUUCUUUCACUGUGUAGAUGUUCUCAUCUGUAAAAUCAAGAUAAUGAUAGUAUAUUUCCCAUAAGGCAGUGGCCAUUGUUGGGAGGGUUCAAGGUUUGAACAUGUGAAACAUAUACGACAGUGCCUGGCACACUUGUGUGAGCAAUAAAGAGUGACUU